GAGUACAGCGUCUUCCCAACCAGGAAGCCUGGGAAAUAUAGUCUUAAUAGGCUGGCUAGACUGCAGAGCUGGCGCUAGGUGUCAGCCCUGCGGUGUUCCUUCAGGGUUCCACUUCGGUUUUUCUCCCUCCUCCCCGUGCCUGGCCAACCCACUGGAUCCUGGCUCUCCUGUCAUGCCGGCGACAGAGUGCGCCCGGGCUCCGGCAUGCGCAGAGACGUGGUGAGGGACUUAGGUCGGGUGUGCUUGGGAUGAGCUGAACUGUGCAUCACAGGGCGUGAGAACCUGGACCGCCCUGCACGCUAACCUGAGAUUAUAAGAGCGCCAUUUUGCAGUACGGAAGUGACAGUGCUGCAGCCUUCCGGAGUAAUGUCACACCUGUUGUUAUCUGGAAAAAGAAGACCCCUAGAUAAGAUCGAGGAAGAUCUAAAAGGUCGACCUGAUAUUUCCUAAAGGCAUGUCCAGGCCGUCCCUCAUCACAUUCACCCCGGCCGCCGACUCCAGUGACCUCUGGAAGGAUGGGCAGCAGCAACCACAGGCCAUGAAACCGGAGCCCGUCCUGGAUGGAGCUGCAGCCCGGGCUUUCUACGAGGCUCUAAUUGCAGACGACAGUGGUUCCUCUAAGCCCCAGAGAGCUGAACCUGCCAGGGGGAGGAAGAGGAAGAGAAGAAGAGUGACAAGGGAGCCUGCAGCAGCAGCAGGAGCCCCGAGUCGAGGGAGAGCACUUGAGGAUGAAGACAAGAUGACCCAGUGGAUCCUGCUGGCAGCCCAGAAUGGGGAUCUGACAGAACUUCGGAGGCUGCUGGAACCCCAAGAGGCAGGGGGAGCUGGAGGGAAUAUCAAUGCCCGUGAUGCCUUCUGGUGGACUCCCUUGAUGUGCGCUGCCCGAGCCGGCCAGGGCGCUGCCGUGCAAUAUCUCCUGGGCCGAGGGGCUGCCUGGGUAGGAGUCUGUGAACUGGGAGGCAGAGAUGCUGCUCAGCUGGCUGAAGAAGCAGGCUUCCCUGAGAUAGCCCGCAUGGUCAGAGAGAGUCAGGGAGAGACAAGGAGCCCCGAGAACCAGAACCGAUCUCCCCGCUCCGCCCCCCAGUUCUGUGAGGACUGUGGUGCCCACUUUGAAGACUCCAACCACCGCACAUCUACUGCUCACCUGCUGUCACUGACUGGGAGACCCCAGCCCUCCAACCUUCUCUUCGGGGUGCCCACUUCCAGUCCUGGCUUCAGGUUGCUGCUGAGAGGUGGCUGGGAACCAGGGAUGGGGCUAGGCCCCCGGGGUGAAGGCCGUGCCAACCCUAUUCCCACCAUCCUCAAGAGGGACCAGGAAGGGCUGGGCUAUAGAUCCCCACCCCAACCCCGAGUCACACACUUUGCAGCUCGGGAUACCCGGGCUGUGUCUGGGAGAGAAAGAGUGCCACGAGUUGCCACGCUGAGUCAGAGGGAGAACAGAAGGCGAGAAGAGAAGGGCAGAGCCUGGGAGCGAGAUCUAAGACUGUACAUGAACCUGGAGUUCUGACUGAUAUGCACUGGCCCUGAUCUGUCACUCCUGGACUUGGGCCUCUGACAUGGACUUCCAGACCCUUAGGCCCUGGCUACUGGCGCUGUUUUUAGAGAGAAGGGCUGAGGGUUGGGAGAUAAAUAAACUUCUUCCUUGUG